AUGUCAUCGAAGAGCAGUUCCGGCAACAGAUCCAACGCCAAGAGUGGUGUCAGCGAUGGUGUGGUCACCGAAGAGACGGUUUGCGUCGAGUUUUGCGCUCCGAUUGACACACAGUUAGUGACCAAUAAUUCAAUGAAAUUCUUGGGAUUAGACACGAAUCAAGUGAUACUUCAGAUCUGUGGCAACACUUUCUUCGCCGGACAACUCGACCACACGUUGGGAACCAAUGUCUUGUUCGAAGUGAAGACCAAAGACACGAAAGACUCGCCCAAGAAGUCCAGUCAUCACAACCACAACAAUGAGCCCAAAGGGUCGGCCAACGCAUCCCAAGACAACGCUUCCAAACAAACGAUUGAAUAUUUAGCCAAAUGUGACCACAAAUUGGUUAUGAAAAGGGUUUUCCUCGAAACACAUCCAAACGAAGACACGACUGACACAACCAAUCAAUCGCUACAACAAUCAUAG